AUGACCAAGGUGUUCACAGCUGCCGAGGUUUCCUCGCACAACAAGCCUGACAGCUUGUACAUCACCAUUGACGGCGAUGUCUAUGAUUUAACCAAGUUCCAAGAUGACCACCCUGGUGGUAAGAAGAUUCUGCAGCGUGUUGCCGGCAAGGACGCCUCCAAGCAGUUCUGGAAAUACCACAACGAGGGCAUCUUGAAGAAGUACAAGGCCAAGCUCCAGGUCGGCUCCCUCGAUACCAAGCCCAAGGAGGAGCCCAAGCCCGAGCCCGCUCCCGCCCCUGCUCCCAAGGCGGUUGUCAAGGCUUCAAGUAGCAGCCACAGCCAGGAAGACUCAGAGCCUCUCGAGGCUUUCGGCGACCAGAUUCCCUUCGCCGACCCCAGCUGGUACCAAAACUACCACUCUCCCUACUUCAAUGAAACCCACGCGGCUCUGCGCGCCGAACUGCGCCAAUGGAUUGAGACCGAUAUUGAGCCUCAUGUGACCGAGUGGGAUGAGGCGAAGCGUGUUCCCGAGGAGAUUUACAAGGAGAUGGGUCGCCGAGGUUACCUGGCUGGUCUGCUGGGCAUCAAGUACCCGACCGACUUCGUGCCGGCAGGCGUAAAGUCCGUCCCUCCUGAGAAGUGGGAUCUGUUCCACGAGAUGAUCGUGACCGAUGAGCUGUCGCGCACCGGCUCUGGCGGCUUUGUCUGGAACCUGAUUGGAGGUUUCGGCAUCGGUGGCCCACCACUGUUCAAGUUCGGCUCCAAGGCUCUCAAGGAGCGCCUCGGCCCCGGCAUCUUGAGCGGUGACAAGCGCAUCUGCUUGGCCAUUACUGAGCCCGAUGCUGGCUCUGACGUUGCCAACCUCACUUGCGAGGCCAAGCUGAGCGAGGAUGGCAAGCACUUCAUCGUCAACGGCGAGAAGAAGUGGAUCACCAAUGGUAUUUGGUCCGACUACUUCACCACCGCCGUGCGAACCGGCGGCCCGGGCAUGAACGGCGUUUCUCUGCUGCUCAUUGAGCGUGGCCCUGGUGUCACCACUCGCCGUAUGGACUGCCAGGGUGUCUGGUCUUCCGGCACCACAUACAUCACCUUUGAGGAUGUCAAGGUCCCUGUUGAGAACCUGCUCGGCAAGCAGAACCAGGGCUUCCGAGUCAUCAUGACCAACUUCAACCACGAGCGCAUGGGUAUUAUCAUCCAGUCUCUACGAUUCGCCCGUGUGUGCUACGAAGAGUCCGUCAAGUACGCCAACAAGCGUCGCACUUUUGGCAAGAAGCUCAUCGAGCAUCCUGUCAUCCGCAUGAAGCUGGCGCACAUGGCUCGCCAGAUUGAGGCCUCAUACAACUGGCUCGAGAACCUCAUCUACCAGUGCGAAAAGAUGGGCGAGACCGAGGCCAUGCUCCGCCUCGGUGGCCCUAUUGCCGGCCUCAAGGCUCAGGCUACUGUUACCUUUGAGUUCUGUGCUCGUGAGGCCAGUCAGAUCUUUGGCGGCCUGUCCUACUCCCGCGGUGGCCAGGGUGCCAAGGUCGAGCGUCUGUACCGUGACGUCCGUGCCUAUGCUAUCCCCGGUGGCUCUGAAGAAAUCAUGCUGGAUCUCAGCAUGAGACAAUCUUUGAGAGUGGCCAAGGCCAUGGGCAUGAAGCUGUAA